AAUUCAAGACGCAUUUGGAGUCGCGCACUUUGACCAGCAGCUCAGAUCAGAUCUGGCACAAAUUCAGUGAACCGUCCUUUACCUGGAUUCUGCAAUUAAUAAGAAAAUAAUAAUACUUUUAUAGUCUAGCAUUAAUAUAUGAAGAAUGGGCUGCGCAAUAUCAGGUCUGGCUGCAAAAGCGGAGUUUGGAGAGAGAAACACAGAUGCAGCUGCUUCUGCUGUUUGUCCCAGCGGGGAUCAAAUUCAGAUGAUCAAGGAGUCGUGGAAAGUUAUCCGGGACGAUAUAGCUAAAGUUGGAAUUAUUAUGUUCGUCAGGUUGUUUGAGACCCAUCCUGAAUGUAAGGAUGUCUUCUUCCUGUUUCGAGACGUGGAGGACCUGGAGAGGUUACGGACCAGCCGGGAACUAAGAGCACACGGCUUACGGGUGAUGUCUUUUAUCGAGAAAAGUGUGGCCAGACUGGACCAGCUGGACAGACUGGAAGCUCUGGCUCUGGAGCUAGGAAAAAGCCAUUAUCAUUACAACGCCCCUCCUAAGUACUACAGUUACGUCGGAGCAGAAUUCAUCAGCGCCGUGCAGCCAAUCCUGAAGGAGAAGUGGACAGCCGAGCUAGAGGAGGCAUGGAAGACCAUGUUCCAGUAUGUGACGGGCCUCAUGGGGCAGGGAUACCAAGAGGAGAGCAGGCGGCAGCACCUCCUUACCCUCUCCCCAAAGGACAGGCCAGAGAAGAGCAACACGGCGCUAUGAGACGCUUCUCCUCUCGACCAAAUAUCAAGACUGUUUUACCAGUUCUGCACAGAAAUGU